UCGUCAUUCGAGAACGAAUCGAACUUCCAGUCACGAUACGAUGGCCAACGCAGUUCCCUUUGACUUUUGAAAUCUACGAAUAAAGAUGCAAUUCAUCGUUGUAAAAUAUGGUUCUAAAGGAUUCAACCCAGGAGCAUGAUAAGGAUGUUCAUGGAUUAUCGAAAUCAAAAUUCCUGGAGGGCAAAGAAGAACUCGAGCGAGAAGUUGAUAAUGAGCCGGCAAAGCCAAUUUUUCCUGGUGGCAAACAAGUCAAACAUGUCAUAUCUGGGGGAGUUGCAGGCGCUUUGUCACGAACUUGUGUUUCACCCUUAGAAAGAGUGAAAAUCCUUCUGCAGAUUCAAGUUAAGGAUCCAAAAUUUUCAGGCGUUGGUGCAACUUUGAUCAAAAUAGGAAGAGAGGAAGGCUUAAAGGGUUAUUUUAAGGGUAAUGGAACAAAUGUUCUUAGAAUUAUUCCAUACUCAGCAGUACAAUUUGCUUCAUAUGAAGAAUUCAAGAAGCUUCUGAAGGUUUCAGAAGAUCUUCAGAACCAGACUCCUAUAAGGCGGCUUGUUGCUGGAGGUUUGGCUGGGACAACUUCUGUUAUUGUAACUUAUCCACUUGAUCUUGUUAGAACAAGACUUGCAGCACAAGGUGAAGGGGCAGAAAGAAGAUACAGGAAUAUUUUACAUGCAUUUCAAACAAUUCUGAAAGAUGAAGGAGGACUUAUUAGUGGUUGUCUUUAUAAAGGACUUCCCCCUACGGUCAUGGGAAUUGCUCCUUACAUCGGCUUGAAUUUUGCUGUAUAUGAAACUUUGAAAGAUUUUGUCCUGGGGCAUUUCAUUGUGAGAGCGCGGGAAGCAGAGCUCAAAAGAAUGGACAAAGAUAGGGAGUUACCUGUUGUAGUUCGUCUGAUCUGUGGGGGACUGGCAGGAGGUAUUUCUCAAACUGUAACUUAUCCUCUAGAUGUGGUACGUAGGCGAAUGCAAAUGAAGGGAAUAAGUGGAGACCUGUUUGCGUACACUUCUACCAAGCAUGCAUUCACAACCAUUGUUCAAGUGGAAGGAAUCAAAGGUUUAUACAAAGGAAUGUGGCCGAAUCUGCUUAAGGUUGCCCCACUUGUUGGAAUACAGUUUGUAGCUUAUGAAAUAACUAAGGCCUUCUUGUAUGGCCAAGGACUACAACUCCCUUGGAGAUAGCAAUGACAUGCGUUUAUACUUAAAGUAAUUCUCUAUAAUGAUAGUCAAUUGUGGCCGAAAAACCGAGGUUUGCGAAAGAAAGAGUUCGUAACUGAAAGAUUUGAAUUGCCCAUUUCGUUAUUUAAUACCUAGUGAUAAGAAUUCAAACCAUAACAAUGUAAUUUUAAGGAAGCAUUCGAUAUUUAAUGUUGCUGUUCAGUUAAACUAUCUUCUUUUUAAAUAUGUGGCGUGAAAAGCACUAAUCUGCAUUGUUUGGGGCACCUGCUUUUUUGUUCCUUUUCCUGAGAGCGAGAACCUGGUUCAUGUUCUGAAAAAGGAGCCUUUUUACAUCUCUGUAGAUAAGCAAACUUUUUCCAAAAAACUUUUCUGAAAUACAGUGUUGCACUUAUCAAUCGAAUAAAAGUGACUACUUGAAAGA